GACUUCUGUUACUAGCAAACGCUCGCAACACUCGUUCCCAGUCCAGCGUACUAAACAGGCCGUUUUUUGGUAGCCACCUUCUACAAUUCUCCGUCAUAACUUUUAAACAUUUCGGGUUACCCGAUUGACUCUCCUCGAUUGGUGUGCGGGGCAUACACACACGUUCCGACGCGUUUGCCUCUUGUGCUGACUCGGUCGGCCUCUCGUGUCGUGAUUUCGGUGUGUAUUAUUGCGCGCUGCUGUGUUGAGUAUAGAGCUCGACUCAUCGUCUUCAUCUUCGUAUAACCGGGGGUCUCCCGUGCGCUCUGUGAACUGUGCUGCUACGCUACCCUUGCCUUCAAGUGCGGAAGAUCAAUUUAGUCAUAAUAGCGAUACGCACAGAAGCGUUCGGAAGUUAUAUUACAUCUGAGAUAUUAUUAACUCUCACACUUUUUUCAACUGUGCUCGAGUUCAGAGCGUCGUUUCGGGCCGGAGUUCCGCAGGAUUUGCUGAUAGUUACUAUUAUUGGUUUUUUUUUUCAUUGCUGCAAACGACCAUUUUUCGGUGCAUAACUGCAUCUCCGUGUUCGAGAGAGUUUUCCUGAAAGCAACCGAGUGAAUUUGAUUGAAUUAUGUUGAGCUAGAAUAGAGUGACUACAGCGGUUUCAAGUGUACCGAAUAGAAGAAACUGUGCCGAGAAGUGUUUGGAAAAGUGCCCAACUCGAAGCUGUCGACAGAAGUGAUCAUCAUACUGGACGAUAGUAGCAACGAUUGUCGAGCGGAGUACACAUCGUCACUGCACUAAACUGCGGUUUUAAACGGGCAUUUCGCAUAUCACUUCGCUGAGUGUUGGUCGUGUUCCAGAUUGAAGAAUCCGGCUUGGUGGUGACUUAGUUCGAAGUUAGCAGUUUACAGAAGAAUCUGAAAUAUAGAAAAUUAGUGACACUCACUUUCACACUCGCACACAACAAUAAAUAACAAUCAGAACAACCGCAACUACUACCAACACCGACGAGUUCAAUCAAAGUAGGCACAACAAAUCCGUUCAAAAAUGUUCGCGGUGAUGCGAAUUGACAAUGACGACCGUAGGUCGGACUUCCGUCGCAAGAUGCGACCGAAAUGCGAGUUCGUGUGCAAGUACUGCCAGCGCCGGUUCACCAAGCCGUACAACCUGAUGAUCCACGAACGCACCCACAAGAGCCCGGAGGUGACAUUCUCGUGCGAGGUGUGCGGCAAGUACUUCAAACGGCAGGACAACCUCCGCUCCCACAGAUGCAGCCAGUGUAUUUGGCGAUCGAUCCAUACAUAUGGAAUGAACGGUAACAACAACAACCGAGCAUAUUGAGCACGACUCAGCAAAAUACUUUGUCACUGUUUAAUUAUUAUUUAAAAAGAAAACUAAAACGUAACAUAUAUGAAAUAUACUAGACCUAAGCAAAAUCCUAAUCAUGAAGCGAGUAUCGAAACAUAAUCGCGAAACGUACAGAAUAGCGACUGCAAUCGAACGCGCCCCGCAAAAUGCGAUUGGACAGAGAAGAGCAAUAGGAGUGUGCGUGUGUGCGUGUGUUUAGGUGUGCAGUCCGCUAAACAAAGUGUACAUUGAGCAAAAUGUGUUAUGCGAGCGAAGGAGCCAAUCUUUAAAGUUAAACUUUGAAGAUCAACAAUCAAAAAGUGGAACUACUACUACUAUUAUAUUACUUAAAGAAUGUACAUAGUUUUGCGAAUGAAAAUGCUUUAAACUUUGUUUUAUUGUCUUGUUUCUAUCAUCAUUUAUAACAGAAGAAAGAAUAAAAUAACGUGAUGGGGAGCUUUUCAAUACGAGAAUAUAGGAUAAGCAUAAGUUUCUAGUGUUAGUUAAGGUCAUUUUUAAUUUUCGAUCAACUCUAGGUAUGUACGACUAAUUUAUAUUUGAACAAUUAACAUUAUGUCAUCUAUUGUCGUUACUGUAGGAGAACUAUACAUAUAUAUUUAAAUGAAAAACGCAAAGUAUCCCAGUUGAAUUGUAAUUAAUAGGAAUAUAAUAUAAUAAUCGUGACGAACAAUUUUUCCGGCAAUUUUUCCUUCAAUUUGAUGUCCCUCGGUUUGCAAUUCUUACGCGAUCCGCUAAUAUAUAAAUCAUACGAAAAAGUGUUUUCUUGGUGAAAAUGUUUAUUUUGUCAAUUUUUAUUCUUAUUCAUUAGCAAUCAGUGUCUUGAAUUUCAGUCAUUAAAUCUUUAGAUCGAUAAACAUUUGUAACAAUGCACUGAAAUCAUCUGUUCGGCUUUUUAGACUCAGUAAAGGUCAAACAAGAAAGAAUUAUUUUUUCAAAUUUCGGUACCUAUCAAUUGGUUUUUUUUUGGCAAAAGUGC